AUGGCCUUCCGGGUACGACAUGAAUGCUACACAUGUGAGAACCGACAGAUACCACGCGUAAUGGCAUUCAUAUGUGGUGAUGAAAAUGCUAUCGUAUGUGAAAUAGCUAUAGCACGACGCGAUGAAAACGGUAGACCACCAGCUGAAGUAACUCCCGAUACGCGAGUUUGCAAUAACUGCAUCGUAACAAUCCGUCGUGAAAUUGAGAUUUUGGCCAAUGACCCACAGUGUUUGAGAUUGAAUGUCUUAUCUCAAACUUCGUCUCAAACUUGUUUGGUAUGUAAUGGUAUCAAUGAUAUUCAUAGAUUGACAUUAGAAUGUAGAGUUGAUAUUUUUGUUAAGAGAAACAUAUAUAUUCCCAGAACUCAUGUUUGCUGCAGGCUUCACUUAGAUGAAAGGGGAUGGUUAUUGCAAGCUUUAAUUGAAGGACUGAGAUACAUUAAUAGACCAUACCGCUUAAAUGGUGAAGAGGCUCAAUCGUUCUUACAAGGAAUGCGCGAAGAAAUAAAACGAAGUGCGGAACGAAGAUAUGAAGACGAGCACGGUGUAACCAAUGAGGAGUUUCAAACACUCUACUCUUUAACAAAAGUCCAAUUCAACGAUCUUUAUUCUUUCUGCGAUCCAGUACCUGUGCCAAGAGGACAUAGGUAUAUUAGCAAAAAGGAUCUUCUGUGCUUUUUAUGUAAGUUGAGUCACAGUCUGAGUGAUGACUUUUUAUGUGUAAUGUUUUAUUAUCCUUCUCGACAGAGUACCGGUAUGCAAAUAGCUACAGUAAGACAAUCACUAUCUGCAAGAUUUUGCCAUGGAAAUAUUGGAUUUGACGCUAUGACUAGAGAAGAAUUCAUUGAAAGGCAUGUCACACCGUUUGCAAAUCAAUUGUACAACCAUACGCCCCAAUAUCCGAGAGCAAUAGUUUAUAUAGAUUGUACUUAUCUUGAUAUCGAGAAGAGUUCUUGUUUCCAAGUUUUAAGACAGUCCUUUUGCGUGCAUAAACAUAAACAUCUCGUGAAACCAUCAGUAAUUGUUGGCCCUGAUGGAUACAUUCUUGAUAUUCAAGGUCCAUACUUUUCGAAUGCACUUAACAAUGAUGCUCGAAUCCUUUUGAAUGAACUCAAUCGAGAUGUUAAUGGAAUGCAGAAUUGGUUUCAAGAAGGUGAUAUAGUUAUAGUAGAUCGUGGAUACCAAAACUCAAUCCAAACUUUGCAAGGAAUAGGCCUGAUAACGAGAAUGCCACCACUUUUGGAUCGUAAUCAAAAUCAGUUUCGAACUGAAGAAGCUAAUGAGUCUCGCAUAGUGACUAAAACGAGGUGGAUUGUCGAAGCGCGCAACGGGCAUCUAAAAAGUAUUUUUUCAUUUUUUUCCAAUACAAUACCAACGUCUCAUGCCACAAACUUGUCAGAUUUCCUACGUAUUGCUGGUGCAAUCAUAAAUAGGUAUUAUGGACCUAUAAAUAUGCCAAAUGCCAAUGAAGCCUUGGCCAAUCAUAUGCUCGAACAAGCACAGCAAGUAAAUAUAGUACAGGCAAGAGUAGAAGCUGAUAAUCUCGGACGAAGAAGAGCUCGCUGGAUUCUCUUAACUCCAGCUCAUAUACCAUUAUUUCCUCAGAUGACUGUGAAUGAGUUACAAGCUCUGACUUUUGGAACAUACCAAGUGUACUUGGCACCAUCUUACAUGCAAGAUAGUUCUUUAAGAGCUGAACGGGAAGAUGACGAGCAAGAAGAUAUGACGUUUGAAAUCGAUGCCAAUACAAAUGAACCGGGAUUCAUAAGAAUCCGGCUGUUUUCGCGUUAUAGAAAUGCUACUAGAUAUCAAUUGUGGAUCGCUUUUGACGAAGAACAUAACGGCGGAGAACACGGGGAACAAGAUCCAAUUCUCGGAUAUUAUUGCACGUGUAAAGCAGGAGCUCGAACUCUAGGAACUUGUGCUCACAUCGCUUCCAUUAUUUGGUAUCUCUCCUACGCAAGACAUCACGAAGGAAAUGUUCACUACCCUUCACUCCGUCUUUUACAUACUGUAAUGAACGCACAGAUGGAUAUAGGCAACCCGAAUGGUAUUGAAAUAAUAGAUCCUGAUUUACAUAAUGGCUGA